AUGACCCCAUGGGUUCCGGACUUCGAACCCGGGGAGGAGGCUGUGCAGACGGCUACCGUGUGGCUCCGCUUGCCCCGUUUGCCGCCGGAAUACUGGUCGACGUCGACCAUUUUCCAUAUAGCCGCUUGGGUGGGCCGGCCGGUCGCCGUGGACAGCGUCACGGAGCAACGUCAGGCGAUGGGAUUCGCCCGGGUGAAGGUGGUGGUCGACACCACCAAGCCUCUGCUACCUGGAGUGCUGAUCCAAGGGAAGACGAAAGUGCGAUGGCAGCCUUUCGUCUUCGAAAGUGUCCCGGCCCUGUGCUCCCGGUGCGGGCGAAUGGGUCACCAGGCAGGGACUUGCCGCUUUCCGGCGACUCCUUGCGCUACUGGGGCUUCGGGUUCGUCCCCGGCGGAGGCGAACCCGGGGGGUGGGCCUGCUCAACCGUCUUCGGGCGGUGGGGAGGAGGCACAGGGACCGAUCUAUGGUCCCUGGAUGGUGGCGUCACGGCAGAGACUCCAUCGGGAGACUCUGCCGCCGCGGCCGGGGAAGACGAGCGAGCCGCACUCGGGGCCCGGUUCGUCUUCGACUCGGCCGCCGCCCCCGGUGGCUCGCCCAACCACGCCAGUGUCCCCGGCGGACACCGACGGCUGGCAAAAGCCAGCGAAGGUGGCACGCCGCCGGUCUCCGCUCGCCGUUGGGGGGGAUGGGCACCCGGCGCUCUCCUUCGGCCCCCUCCAAGCUGACUCGGCCGACGAUCUCCUGGUCGAGUCGGGGGACCCGGGGCCGAGUCUGUGUCUCGGCGAAGGCCCGAGUUGGGCCGAUCCGGCGCCCAGCCGGGCGGUUGCGGCCCGAGUCCAAACCCAGAAGCGGCCGAGGCCGCUGGCGGGCCCUGGCCCAGCUGGGGAAUCUCGGCAGGGGGCCCAACUGGCCCUCACCGUUGUGGGCCGGGGCCAACAGCACGGGCCAGCCCAGCGCACCCGAGCCCAUAGGGCCGGGCGCCGGGGUCGGGGCCGUGGGCCGGUGGGGGCGGCCCAGGAUGGGGCCCGUGAGCUCGGCGCGGCUGACGCCGUUGGCGCGCCGCGCGCUGCUGUCGCGCCGCGCGCCAUCGGCGCGUCCAGACCCAGGGACGCAUCGGGCGCUGAGGCCGCGCCCGGUGCUGUGGUCGCGGGGGCCCAGGUUCCGCUGGGCCCGCGCGAAGUUGCGCGCGGCCAGCAGGCCGCGCGGUCUGCUGUGGAGCCGCGGGUGGUGGGCCUUCCGGCCCAGCCCGCGGUUGUCUCCUUGGGCCAAGCUGUUGCUGGCCCAAAGGCCCAGCCAGCUUCGGGCCCGGGGAGUUGUGCCGUACCCGCGGUGCAGGGCCUGGGCGACGAAUCUGCUGGGCCAUUUCGGUAUAGCCCCCCCUCUCGAGGAGAGCACGGUGGCCAUGCCCCCCUGAGUGAGGUACAGCCAUGGGAUGUGCAGGGUGGUACUGGCCCCGAUGGAGUCUUCCGGUUUGGCCCUCUGCCCCUGGUUGCGGGUGAGCAGGGGGAAGCCUCCUCUAGUGGGAGUAGGGCCAGGGAUCACCUCAGGCCUUUUCCGGAGGGGUGUCAGGCCGCGCCACCGAGACCAGGAGAGGGUACGGACCACAUGACUACUGUGCAGCGUAUCAGGGCGGCAGUCAUGCAGACCACAUCUGACGAGCAGGGGGUGGGCCCAGGCAUCGUACUUGAGGCUGGGCCCGCGUACCAGGGGGAGGAUGGGUCUGAGGCCGACUACGUGGACUGUGAUCCAUGA